AUCAUUUAUUUAAGUUUUGACAGUACAUGCUGUGUGGAAACAACGAAUAGCUGGUUUUGGUUUGGUUCCGCAAUUUGCAUUGCAAAAUGGCGGACAUCAGUGCCCUAUCAAAGAUAUCGGAGCGGAUGCGAAUACAUCGACGAUUAGUCAAUUCCACAGAUACUUCCACUUCCGAUCUUUUGGCUUUCAGUAAAGAAGUAAGCAGUGCAACAAAAGAAUCUACGGAUUGUGUCAAAGACGUCGCGAAUUACGCUACAAGAAUUAACGAAGACCUGACAAAAUUGCGACAGUUGAUCAAAGACUUCACAAUCCAGAUUGGAGACAAAAUGAAAGCUCUCGCUGAAGCGGGGUUGUUUAAAGAUAUCUCAGAUCCCCCUUAUAGCGGGGGUGUAGGCAGUGGAAACUAUCUUGCUGAACACCGUUUCAGCAGCGAUAGAUUUGACAAGCAGAGGGCAGAAAAUCUAGUGCUUUUACAGAAAAUCGCGGAACAGCAGCAAGAACUCCAGAGAGUGCUUUGUGAAACAGAGGGGCUUAUAACAAAAGUUGAGGAAACAGGGUUUUUCACGUUAGGAGACUUCGACAAUAUCAAUGGUCACCUAAACCAGUGGAUCAAAGGCCUAGAAACUGCAGAAGAACGUGAAGAGAGAAAACGGCAGGAAGAGGAAAGGAAGCGAAAGGAUGAAGAGGAAAAGAAGAAAAAGGCUGAAGAAGAAGCAAAACGAAAAGCCGAAGAACAGAGAAGGAAAGAUGAGGAAGAAAAAAGAAGGAAAGAGGAGGAACAAAGACGAAAGGAAGAACAGAGGAAAAAGGACGAAGAGGCCAGAGCGAGACGGAAUCCAGAAAACUGGCCCACAUUCAUAUAUGACAGACAAAAACACCACAACUUGUUCCAGCAUGGGAUUUGUUGCGCUGUGUCCGCCAUUACCGGAGGUCAAGGUCUAGAGAAGGAUGACAUCGUGUGUGCAGCUUUUGACAGUCACAUUGAUCUAGAGCGAUAUCCAAAAAAUAAAGACGAAGUCCUUAUAUCAUCCCUGAUCCAGAUUAAACCAACAAAGGGGAAGGAGAUAAAACUUGAGCUUCCAAUGAAAGUCUACAUCCCUAUUGCUUCUUCGUCAAUGGAUAAUCGAGAGACAGUAGUCAAAGUUUCAAUGAAUGACCAAAAGUGGAGGUUCGUGGAUGCAAAGAAAGAGAAACCUAGAGGGAUAAAAGACAGGGACGCUCUGUUUGUUCUUAUUGAGAUCAACAACUUUCAAAGUUUGGAAGUUAUCGUGGUAUCUCGUCCAAAACGAGAAAAUAUGAAGGUAAAAGCAGCCGGUGGAUCGUUUGAACCCACAAUUGACAAGAAUGUGCGUAUCAUUGUUCCUUCGGGAUGUUUCAUGAACGACACCGGCGUCCAUUUCAAGGUUGACAAAGAGCUGUCUAAUCGAGCAAAAGCAGACAAACAGUUCGAAAAUAUCAAGAUAGCUACGUCAUUGCAUGGCAUUGAGUUUGAUGAUGAAAAUCUUCAGAAUAUCGAGAUGGAAAUCUAUCCUGAUUUGCACAAAAUAAAAAACGUGUCAACGCAUCAAAAGGUUAUAGAGAAAUGUCGAAACAAGCUCGUUACAGAUAUGUCAGUUAUCCACAUAGCAACACGUUUGCAUAAAGAUGGCAAAAUACAAGACGAGUGUUUAGAAGACAUCAAGAGCAAAAAGACAGAAGGGAUGAAGGCCAGACGACUACUGGAAGAUUUUAAGAACUGUGAUGCUGAUCAAUUCACUGCUAUAACUGAGGCACUGGAGAAAGAGAACCAAGGUCAUCUCGCAAAACUUUUAAAGAAAACAAUGGAAGAUAUCAAAAAUGAAGAGGCAAACACGGGCAGCGAUUUUGUUGGUGAGAGUGAUAACAUGGAGUUACAAAUGGUGACCAGCAGCCAGCACGGAGACUGGACUGUGAUGAAGAAGGAAUCUCUCAAGGAUUUCCCAGACGGUGUCGUCAUUUCCUUACCAGCGAGAGGCGGGACAUUUGAUAUCAUGGGACUCAUUGUACCCAAAGGCAUGGACAACAAAGCAAUAUCUCGUAUAGCAGAUUUGCUGUAUCGACAGUCUUACCAAUUUGAUGCAAAACUCAUUGUUCGCCAGAGUGAUACCGACCCUUCUCAUUGUCUGGUGCGCUGUGUGGAAAACGAUAAAAGUAUCGAUGCUGCAGACACGAUGAAAAAACAGGGAUUCCAUAAAGGUCCCCCGGAUUCGCCUGUUUUUGGAAUCUGCGACGGAGAGGAAAUCAUCAUAAAAUUGGAAGGCAACCUUACUUUAGAUGCAGACUACAAAGUGGUACGUCUGAAGUAUUAUAAUUUGAACCCGGAGUCGGCAAGCGCUUCGUUCAAGAUCGAUGUUCACAACAAAAAAGCUCAAUCUGAGGCUAAGGCUUUUUCUGGAGAGCUAAGGUACAACGUCGGUGGUGUUGAUCAGGGUCCACCGAGGUGCGGAUCUGUGGUUCUAUCCAUACCAAAGGACGAGGAACUGCACCGAUUUGCACCGCUGACCCUCGAUGUUCCGGUGAAAGUUGCUGCUAAAUACUUAGCAUACCAACUUCCAAUCAGACCAACUCCAAAUUUGGAUGAUUUUUAUCUUUCUUUGGUUGACAAUAGCCGUAGUAAAUAUCGAUCCAUAAAGACGCGCGCUGACAAAGAAGCAGAAAUGGGGACAGCCAGAGAAAUAUGUGAAGUUUUCAUCAAGAACUGGGCUAGUCAAAGACCGAAAAACGAAAACAAAGUUCAGACAAUUUCAGACCGAUUAUAUUCCUUCUCUACAGAAUUUGCCAAAGAAUUUGAUAUGUUUAUGAAACCAUUUUCUAUGACAAAUGGAAUUCUUUCCAACAACGGCAUUGAAGAACUCAGUAAACAUAUUCACGACAAAUGGGAAGCUGUCGCUCAGAAUCUUGGUAUUGAAAGAGAUGAUGUCGAGGCCAUUAAAAUUGAUUUUAAAGAUGAUGACAAAAGGGCCGUGCGCAUGCUUGAUAAAUGGCGCAUCUCUGACAGUGCUAUUAAAAAAGGACCAAUCAUUAUGUCACAUUUGUCCGACUGCUUGAAAAAAUCAAAAUGCAGUCAAUCGGCUUUGAAAUUGGUAACGGCAAAAACUUAAUAUAAUAUGUUUUUUUAAAUUAAUUCAUACUAGAUAUAUAGCCACAUUUGUAAGAGUUUUUCCCUUUAUAUCGAGUGUCUUUUAAAGAAAAUUUAGAUACAUUAUCAAUAUAGCUAAACACUGUGAUUUUCUUUGGAUUUAUAUCGUACAGACUGCCUUUUGGACAGUGUGCCUGUGUUGUACAAUACUUUGAUUAUAAAGGCAAGAUAAUUCUUUAAAGAGUUAUACUGUAGAAUAUCGUGUGUUUAUAGUAAGGAUUAUUGUUUUUCUUCAUGAUUAAUUGUGAGCUUUAUUUUCUUAACAAUGUUUGUUUCUUGUAGUCUAGGAAUUUUAAAUUGCCUUACCAUCAUUUUUUCCAUUUUCACAGAGAAAAAAUCGAAUAAAGAUUG